UUGACGUGCCGAGAGAUAGAGAGGACAGAAACUCCUAGAGAAAGAACGCGCAGUUUUGAGGCCCGAGGACUAAAGGAAGAAUUUUUCCGAGACAUAAGUUGAAUAAAAUGGCACUUAUAACGUCUUCUUGGAUCUUGGACAGCGUAAUAAUUCUAAUAGUUUCUGUAACAAUUGUCUAUUUUUACAUGACACGCAAGUUCAAAUAUUGGAAGAAACGUGGCGUUACGGAAAUAUCACCGACACCUUUUAUGGGCAAUUUUACGGAAUGCGCACUUAUGAAGAAAUCACCAGGAUUGCUAUUGAAAGAAUUAUACGAACAAGUUGAGGAUGAACCUUAUGUCGGAUUAUUCAUUUUUGACAAGCCCUUCUUACUGAUUCGCGAUCAUGAAGUUAUUAAGCACAUCUUAGUAAAGAAUUUUAAUCACUUCUCCAAUCGUUUUUUUGUACCUAAUGAGACAGAUCGUCUAGGUUAUGCGAAUCUCUUCUUCGUAAACAAUCCAGUGUGGAAAAUGAUGAAACUGAAAAUGACACCGGCUUUUACACCCGGCAAACUGAAGAAGAUGAUGAACUUAAUAGACGAAUGCGUGACAAAUUUAGUUGAGUAUUUGGAUUCGAUGGAUUUGGGAGGUAAGUACUGAAUGAUUUACGGAAAGCUUGAUAUUAUGAAA